GCGGUGCGGGUUGACACUUCCGGGUGGGACGUGAGCGAGGCGGCCGGCCAGGGGCUUGGAUCUGCCGCGCACAGCAUGGCGUACCACGGCCUCACCGUGCCUCUCAUCGUGAUGAGCGUGUUCUGGGGCUUCGUCGGCUUCCUUGUGCCCUGGUUCAUCCCGAAGGGUCCUAACCGGGGAGUUAUCAUCACGAUGCUGGUGACCUGUUCGGUGUGCUGCUAUCUCUUUUGGCUGAUUGCGAUUCUGGCCCAGCUUAACCCUCUUUUUGGACCGCAGUUGAAGAACGAGACCAUCUGGUAUCUGAAGUAUCACUGGCCUUGAGAAGGAGACACCGUGUGCCGAGCACCGACCCUGAGGUCACAGAAUGCGGUCUAGUUGCUGAAUGACCUCGAGAUGCAAACCGCUGCCUUCCACUCGCCUGUUCGAGGCACCAGCCGCCUUAAACGUCCAAACCACCUCUCAGUGUCUCAAUCUCUGGUGCAGUAUUUUUUCUCUUCACCUUCUUUUACACUUUGAUGAAAUACGUUCCUUCCUACUCAACCUCAACUGUGCCGACUCCACAAGAUGCUCACGCUCUCUCCUGAGCUGCGAGGUGCUAUUCCUCUGAGGAGAUCUGCAACUGUCACCUCGGAAUCUGCAGGCUUUUGAGCCCUGCCACCUCACCUCCUGGAACCAGCUGAGAGCUUGAAAUGGCUACAGGAUCAAUAAGUCUCAAUGAGGGCAGACAGUAGGGGCAGAUUCCGAGGGAAGAGUUGCCCAGCCUUUUUACAAUACACUCUAUUUUCAGGAUUAACAAAUUUCUACCAUCUUUUGGAAUAAAUUAUUUUCUGCUUUCUAUAGGAA